UGCUGGUGAAUGUGAGGAACUUUAGGUCUGAUCUGAACCCCACACUGAAGAAACGGAGUAAGUGUGUGUGGAGAAACUGAAGAAGAUCCGACUCAGACCUGUGAAGAGAAACCAUGGAGCCUGGCUCUCCAGAGGAGGAAGAGAAGGUUCUGUUGAACAUCUACACUGAUGAAAGCUUCCACAAUGACCUGAACAUUGUCUGUAUUAAAGAGGAAGAAGCUGAAGAUGAUGAGAACCUCUACUGUGAGGAGUGCAAAUCCUUCUUCUUCAACAAGUGUGAGCUUCACGGUCCAGCUCUCUUCAUCCCUGAUACCCCUGUACCCACGGGGGGUCCAGACCGAGCCAGACAGACUCUUCCACCCGGUCUAGAGGUUCAGCAGUCUGGUAUUCCUGGUGCAGGUCUGGGGGUGUUUAAUAAGGGGGAGACCGUUCCAGUGGGUGCACACUUCGGACCCUACCAGGGAGAAGCGGUGGAUAAAGAGGAAGCCGUGAACAGUGGCUACUCCUGGGUGAUAUACAGGAGUGGUCGGGGUGAGGAGUACAUAGACGCUCAGAGUGAGAUCCAUGCCAACUGGAUGAGGUACGUGAACUGUUCCUGUGACGAUGAGGAGCAGAACCUGGUGGCGUUUCAGUACCGCGGGGGGAUUUACUUCCGCUGCUGUCGACCCAUCAGCCCGGGGCAGGAGCUCCUGGUGUGUUACGAGGAGAACUACGCCAAGUAUCUCAGCAUCACGUUCGAUUACAUCUGGAACAGGAAGUGCUCCACCAACGAAGCGGGUGAUGAUGCCACGCUGCCAGUCUUCUCCUGCUUCAUGUGCCCGGUGUUCUACAGCACCCAAACCUACCUUCAGAAACACAUCAGGAGGUGCCACCAUGAGGAGUACGAGAAACUGCUGGAUAGGUCAGGAGAGGCUGACCACCACCACCACCAAGAUCUGACCUUCCCCGUGAGUUCCACCGGUCAGGAAACGUCCUCCGAGGUUCUUCAUCCCGACACCCCUCACCGAGGAACCCAGAAAGAAGCCUACAGCUGCUCCGAGUGCGGGAAGAGCUUCGUGCAGUGGAAGGGUCUGAGGAGGCACCAGCGCGUUCACACCGGAGAGAAGCCGUACCAGUGCGCGCAGUGUGGGAAGUGCUUCACUCAGCAGAGCGUCCUCCAGAGGCACCAGCUCAUUCACACGGGAGAGAAGCCCCACCACUGCACGCUGUGCGGGAAGAGGUUCACCCAGCAGAGCGACCUGCAGCGCCACCUAGCCAUCCACACGGGAGAGAAGCCGUUCCAGUGCACCGAGUGCGGGAAGAGCUACACCCGGCAGAACCACCUCCAGGAACACCGGCGCCUUCACACGGGCGAGAAGACCUACAUCUGCCUCCAGUGCGGGAAGAUGUUCUUCCAGCGGAACGCUCUGACCAAGCACCAGCGCCUUCACACGGGGAAGAACUACCACUGCUCCGAGUGCGGGAAGGCCUUCACCCAGGAGAGCUCCCUCCAGCAGCACCACUGCUGCCCCGUGGACGAGAAGCCGUACCAGUGCCUACUCUGCGGGAAGGGCUUCCCCGGCAUGUACCAUCUCAUGAGGCACCAGCGCAUUCACACGGGCGAGAAACCGUUCCACUGCGAGGAGUGCGGGAAGCGCUUUACCCAGCAGAGCUCCCUCCAGGUGCACCAGCGCGCUCACAACGGCGAGAAGCCCUACCAGUGCAUCCAGUGCGGCAAGAGCUUCACCAGGAAGACCAAUCUCAUAAAGCACCAGCGCAUUCACACCGGUGAGAAUCUCUACCACUGCUCGCAGUGUGGAAAGAUUUUCACCGACCACACCCGGUUCGUGAACCACCAGUCCAUCCACAGAGAGGAGAAGCCCUACCAGUGCUCCCAGUGCGGGAAGAAGUUCGGCCAGCAGAGCUAUCUCCAGCGCCACCAGCGCCUGCACAACGGCGAGAAGCGCUACUUCUGCUUACAGUGCGGAACCAGGUUCACCCGACAGAGCAACCUCAUCCGGCACCAGCGCAUUUACGCCGAAGAUAAGAACUGCCACUGCUUAGCGUGCGGACAGAGUUUCGCUUUUUCCUGCGCGCUGAAGACCCACACGUGCACCAACGCCGAGCCGCCGGCUCACGACGCCAACCUGUCCAGUCAAGAGGCCUGAUUUUGGUGGGCGGGGACUGUGAAAAUGAAACUAAAAGCACUUGCGCCGCUAUCCGGCAGACUGGGCGCCAACACGAACAAUACAGGGCGGGUACUGGAGGGGGUUCCUCAUUAAUGCUGCAGUUACGCCCUCUGCUGGCUGAUUGAUGGUGCUGAUCAGGGUGUGUCUCUCCGUACACAAAGCUGAUCCGCAUAUGAACUCGCCUCGUGCAGGUGAAAAGAUGCAGUGUCGGAGGGGGGCGUGUCGGAGGGGGCGUGUCAGUCUCGCUCUUCUCAAUCAGGGUGAGGAAACGUAAUGCAGUCAGAUAAUCGGAUACGCCAAAAGUCAGGAGAGAAGGGGGAGAAAAUGCAUAAAUAAAACACACAAAUGAAGAAAGUG